AUGGAUCACGCCGAUCCGUUCCUCCAUGUUCAAGCAGACGUCCUUGCGACGCUGCAAACAGCAAAACCUCUCUUCUCAUCAUAUCUACGCAUCAGGUCUCUCGCCAAAUCCCCAUCCAAUCCCGAGCUUCAACAGGCACGCUCGGAGCUGGAGACGACGCUGACCGAACUGACUACGGACUUGGAUGACCUUGUGGAGAGUGUCCGUGCAAUCGAACAAGAUCCAUACCGUUAUGGCUUGGAGUUGGAAGAGGUUCAGCGUCGGCGAAAGUUGGUGGAAGAUGUCGGCGGGGAGAUCGAGCAAAUGAGAGAGGAAUUGCAAAAAGCCGUUACUAGUUCAGCGGCGACUGGCAGUGCUAGAUUGGAUGCGCCCACUGGCAGUUCGCCUUCGGGUCUACCCAAUCCAUCCGACUUUGAUAAUGUCCUCUCCCCGUCGGCGGAUGAUAGAGGAGAUGAUUACUAUGCCGCUCUCGAACAGCAACGGCAAAUGGAACUGAUGCACGAGCAAGAUGAACAGUUAGAUGGCGUCUUCCGCACUGUUGGCAACUUGCGGCAGCAGGCCGACGAUAUGGGGAGGGAACUAGAGGAGCAAGCGGUCAUGAUAGGAGAGGUUGAUACAUUGGCCGACCGCGUCGGGGGUAAAUUACAGAGUGGAGUGUCAAAGAUCAAAUACAUCGUGAGAAAGAACGAAGAUACAAUGUCCUCGUUUUGCAUUGCCGUUCUCAUUUUCGUGCUUGUCCUAUUACUAAUCCUGGUCAUCGCCCUGUAA